AUGGAUACCUUGUUUAGACUAGUGAAUUUUCAACAACAGCAACAACAACAACAACCCGAUCCAUCCCUCAACUCCACCACGAGCCGAACAUCAAGCAGCUCGAGAUCCUCAAGACAAAACUAUCAUUACUAUUCCCAACAAGAAGACGAAGAAUGCUUCAACUUUUACAUGGAUGAAGAAGACCUAUCCUCGUCUUCUUCUAAACACUAUUACCAUUACCAACCCCACCCCCAUGUAUCAACAACCUUUAACACAAACACAAGCACCCCCACCACCACCACCGAUUACUCCUUCUCCCCCUCCCCACUCCCUGACUUCAACUUCAACUUCGAUUUCUCCACCAACUGGUCACACAACGUCCUCCUCGAAACCGCGCGCGCCAUCGCCGACAACAACAGCAACCGCGUCCACCACCUCCUCUGGAUGCUCAACGAACUCAGUUCUCCCUUCGGCGACACCGACCAAAAACUCGCCGCGUAUUUCUUCCAAGCCUUGUUCAGCCGCGUCACCGAUGCAGGUGACCGAACCUACCGAACCUUAGCCUCGGCGUCGGACAAAACAUGCUCCUUCGAAUCCACAAGGAAGAUGGUUCUCAAGUUCCAAGAAGUCAGCCCAUGGACAACCUUCGGACACGUGGCGUCCAACGGAGCCAUCUUAGAAGCCUUAGAAGGAAACUCAAAGUUGCACAUAGUUGACAUCAGCAACACCUAUUGCACCCAAUGGCCAACCCUUCUCGAAGCAUUAGCCACUCGAACCGACGAAACCCCACAACUUCGUCUGACCACCGUGGUUACCGGAAGACCCGGUAACUCCCUUCAACGUGUGAUGAAGGAAAUAGGGACAAGAAUGGAAAAAUUCGCCAGGCUCAUGGGAGUGCCGUUUAAGUUUAACGUCGUUCAUCACGCCGGUGACCUUUCGGAAUUGAACUUGUCGCAACUUGACAUCAAAGAGGACGAGGCGUUAGCCGUUAACUGCGUCAACGCUUUGCAUUCCGUUUCUGCGGUUGGGAAUAACCGUGACGUGUUGAUAUCGUCAUUUCACGGGUUGCAACCGAGGAUUGUGACGGUGGUGGAAGAGGAAGCUGAUUUGGACGUGGGGUUCGAGGGUUACGAGUUCGUGAAAGGGUUUGAGGAGUGUUUGAGGUGGUUUAGGGUUUACUUUGAGGCGCUUGAUGAGAGCUUUGCGAGGACGAGCAAUGAGAGGUUGAUGCUGGAACGUGCGGCGGGGAGGGCGAUCGUGGACUUGGUGGCAUGUUCACCGGCUGAAUCAGUGGAGCGGCGGGAGACGGCGACGCGGUGGGGGAUGAGGCUGCAUGGGGGAGGGUUAAACGCCGUGCCGUUUAGCGAGGAGGUGUGUGAUGACGUGAGGGCGCUGUUGAGAAGGUACAAGGAUGGGUGGUCGAUGGCACAGUGCUCCGACGCCGGAAUAUUCUUGUCGUGGAAGGAGCAACCGGUGGUGUGGGCCAGUGCAUGGAGGCCUUGACGUAAAGAGGGGUCGUAUAGUAUCAUAUCAUAUCAUAUGGCUUUCACACGAGUGACUUGCCUCGCACGUGUUCUCGGUUUUUUUGCCACGUGCGAAAGGGUUAAUUCGGAGUUUUACUUCAGUAUUGGGCUUUCCUCUUUUAUUUCGUUCUUUCCAUUAAAUAUAAGUUUGGUAAGACACGAGGAUUCAUGG